AUGUUUCGCAAUGCCGUAAGGAUAUCGUUCAUGAUCUUCCCUAUGAUGAGCGUCAAUUUUGCGGCACCGCAAUCACCCCCCAAGGAGGUCGUUUUUACAGCAGCCAACACCACCAAAUCGGCUCAAAAUCACGUUGUGCAAGUAGGAAGCCCAACUGGAGGCGACUUAUUUACACCUAACGUUGUAGAGGCUAAGAUAGGGGACACUGUGACUUUUGUCUUCAAGCCUGGAGCACAUACAGUCACACAAGCAUUAUUUGAAUCUCCUUGUAAACCUGCCACUUUUGGAUCAGGCGGUGAGGGAUUUAGUUCAGGUCUUGUACCUGUAAAACCUAACACGCCUGAUUCAAAGUUACCUAAAUUUGUAAUCCGAAUCAAAGUUAAUACCCCACUAUGGUUCUUCUGUGAUAUACCAAAACACUGUAAUCCGGGAAUGGUCGGAGCCAUCAACCCUGCCAAAGUAGGCCCUCAAACAUUUUCUGCAUUUCAGGCAUCAGCAAAGGAAAAUAAAGGAUCCCUGGGUGUAUCUAAAACCACAGGUUCAUACGCAGGUGUGAACACUCUGAGCGCCUUAAAGGCCUUCAGUUCUGGAGGAAAUGCCGAUUUUCAAACUCGUUGA